GAGGAUUGUUUUCGGCAUUUGGAAACAGACCAGAAGAAGUCUCGGGAAAGCUUCUCAGCCUUUGCUGCACGGAUGGGCAGAAAUGUGGAACGUUGGGCUGACACAGCCGAGGCUGUAACCCGAGAGGAGGUUUUAGAUCUGUUUGCAAAAGAACUGUUUUACAGACGCCUCCCUCGAGAUUUGAUGGCUCUGGUCAGAGACCAGCAGCCCCGUUCUCUGACUGAAGCAGGCAUGCUAGCAGAUCGUAUGUUUAAAAACAGAGCUGAAGAAAAGUAUACUUUGUUUCGGAGACCGGAGUACGUUCCUGUGAAACCGCUGAGGCGAGAGACCGCAGGUAUGCAGAAACCAGGGCAACCGGCGAAGGAAGAGAAAGGGGGGCCUGCUGGCUACUUCAAAGUACCUUCCGCCCGGCCCGAGGCUGCGUUGCAAGAGAAGCCCCGUGGAGAAAUAAUUUGUUUUAAAUGUGGGCAAAUUGGUCAUAAGGCUAAUUCCUGUUCUAAAAUCUUGUCUAAGCCCAAUCCUGCUGGAAGGAAGAACCCAAAGGUUGCUCCAGUUGCACGUGUGAGAGACUUAACGUCCCCUGGAGCGGAACCUCCUGAACUUUCUUCAUGGUCGUCAGCCGAGGAGAAUGAAGGAGCAGAAUCGGAUUUUGUAUUUUCUGCCCCAAAUUCACAAGACCGUCCUGAGACCCCUCGUGGACCAGUUGUUAAAGCCCUGUCGGAAGCUGAACCAGAUUUCCCAAGUGGAUCCGUAUCCUUUGCCUAGGAUGGACCAUUUAAUAGAAAGACUGGGAGCAGCAAAAUACAUCACUACACUGGAUUUAACUAAGGGAUAUUGGCAAGUGCCUCUAGAUGGGGACGCUGCUGUGAAAUCUGCUUUUG